AUCCCCAGAAGGCUUCGUGGCGCGGUCACGCCUGUGUUACGUAACAGCGCUGACGUAAUGACAUCACGAGGCCUGUCUGCAAAGCGGAAGUGAGGAGGAAAACAACAGCGGCGGCGGCGGCGUCGACUCUCGGUAGUUGAGCUAAAGGGAGAAACCCGCGCGGGACACGUCGACUUCACGGUUCCGUUCAAGUGCCUUCGGUUAGUUUACGGUGAGUUCCAGCGGUUCCGGUUUCCACGAUGUCGUUAAUCGCGAAGAUCUUCGGCGGCGGUGGGAAAGGUGGGAAGGCGCCCACCACCCAGGACGCGAUCCAGCGGCUCCGGGAGACCGAGGAGAUGUUGUCCAAGAAGCAGGACUUCCUCGAGAAGAAGAUCGACCUGGAGCUGGCGACGGCCAAGAAGUACGGCACGAAAAACAAGCGAGGAGCUCUACAGGCCUUGAAGAGAAAAAAGCGUUAUGAGAAGCAGCUGGGUCAGAUUGACGGGACGUUGUCAACCAUCGAGUUCCAGAGGGAGGCGUUGGAGAACGCUAACACCAACACAGAAGUGCUUAAGAACAUGGGCUUUGCCGCCAAGGCAUUGCAGGGUGCACACCAACACAUGGACAUAGACAAAGUAGAAGAUUUGAUGUCGGACAUCACAGACCAGCAGGAAUUAGCUCAGGAGAUCUCUGAUGCCAUUUCCAGACCAGUCGGCUUUGGAGAAGAGUUUGAUGAGGAUGAACUCAUGGCUGAGCUGGAGGAUCUGGAACAGGAAGAGCUGGACAAAAAUCUUCUGGAAAUCCAAGAAACAGACGAUGUCCCUCUGCCCAGCGUACCAUCUACAUCUCUCCCUGCAAGACCAGCCAAGAAGAAGGAGGAAGACGAGGACGACUUCUCGGAACUCGAGGCCUGGGCAGCUAACUAAGCUAGCUUGCCAUUCCAGCUAGCUAGCGCCCCUCUCCGGUCUGUUUCUGUGCUACCAGACUGGUCCCAUACAUCUGGAGGACAGACAGAGACUCUGGGCUUAAAGUCGACAUCCCAAUAUCUAACCAUACCCCCCGCCCUGAAGUAUGCACUUGUACUGAUGUGAACCCGGGCUGUUCUCUUCAAAUUAAUGUUAUAAUAAGAAUCUCUUUGCUCCACCUGCACACUCCUCUGUAUCUAAAGGGCAUCGAGCAUGAAAAGUAAAUGUCGUGCCCUCGCAGCCUGUGGUUAUGAUUAUCAAAAUGCUCUUUUUAAGAAAGAGAGUGCCCGAAUGAUCACUUAGGACCGGAGCUUGCAAGUGCAUACUUCUAGGGAAGGGUGUGUGCUGGAACACGACAAUGCUUGUUUCUGGGAGGAAUGUGAAAAAAUAAUCAAAAGAUGUGUGGGAAGAAAAAUCUAAAAACUGAAAGACGACGUGACUCGGCCAUUUCUCUGCUUCCUGUGCUGUCAUGUCUCUGCUCUUCUGAGGUGGUGACCACAACCUCCAUCCACACCAUCUCUGCUAAAUCUCAACGAAAAGGAUUCAUGAUGAAAGUGUGGGACUUCCUCAUUGAAACGUCACUGUCAAGCCACAAAACAACACAUCACAGAUAUGUAACAGUGCAGUAAAACAUCUGGUUAUUAGAGAAUCUGUGAGGCAUAUCUCACACUGCCGAAGUGCCCGUGGGCAACUUCUUGUUUACUUAUCUAGGGCCAUGUUGGUCCAACCACUUAAAAUACUAAAAUGUUGUUUGAGGAGAGAGGAAAAAAUAGAUGAAAACGUUUAGAGUGCCAGUGAUUCCAGUGCUCUGGUUCCACUGAUGAGCCUUAACCACCAUGGUCCCAUUUGCCAAACAUUGAAAAAGUGAAAAACUAAUGCUAAUGCUAACAUGCUAAUGCUUGACUUUGCCAGAGACUUUGGUUUUCUAAACUUUAAAUCAAGUCGAUGACACUGGCAGAUAAGAGCAGACAAAUUUAUUGAAGGAGUAAUCUGCUCUGUGAACCUUAAAAAAUAUCAUGAAUAUUCCACAACAAAAUCAAAAAUGAGACAAAAUCUAGAAAACUAAUUUUAUUUGACAAUCCUGUAAAAUCCUGAUCAGACCGCUGAGAACUUAAAUAAGAUUGAUUUGAUGAGUGGAUUUUCUAUGUACAAAAUCUGAUAUUAUUAUAUUAGGACAGUUUAUACAUUGCUGUCAAGAUGGUGCAGGUACGAGUGGCCGCUAGAGGACACAUUACAAUGCUUCCGUUUGUGAAUUUGAAAUUCCCUCGUCUGUGGUUUAACAGUGACGUCCUCUGAGAGACUCCCACACGUGUUGACUUGUAAAGAUUCUGGGUGUGAGCGAUGUUUCCUCAGCCCCUUGACACAGUGACCUCCGGUGAAUAUUACGUCAACUCGAGACGGUGACCUGGAUUUCCUUUUUUUUUUCUUCCUUCUUUUACUAUUAACUCACCUGUAGUGAAAAGCGUUUGAUUUGAACAUUGAACAACACACGUGACAUGUGUUGGCCCUCAUGGAGAAAAGGAGGAUUUGAGCGAGUCCAGCUUCUGCUCACCGCCCUGCUACUUAUGCUGUAAAACCACACACCCCCCCCCCCCCCCCCCUCCUCCCAUCUGCAAACACAUUUAUGCAUGGACGGACUGAGGUCGGCCCAGAAUCCAACAGCUGGUUGAGUGUGAACAUAUUUUUAAAAAAGAAGGAGCAAUUAAAAACUUUUCUCAUUUUUGUAACGCUAAAUCACCACGUCAGUGGGUCGACCUCAACCCUUUAUAUUUAACAACAAACUAUCGAGAAGAAGUGUAGAUAUGAUGCCAAUGGAGUUUGUUUUUCUUUUUCCUGUGUGUGUGUGUUUUGGCUCAAAUAUUACUCAUGUGCUAUCUGGCUGUUCAGAAACAGUGUGACCAGUAGCCAGUUCUGCUCAGAGCUCUACAAAGGGUUGGACAUCGGAGAUUGUUUUUCCCCGUGUGGCAACCAUGUUGCUCUGUGACUGUUGUCAAUGUUGGGUUGUAUACACUUUAUCUUAAUAAAGUUGGGAUUUAAUGCAAA